GAGAGAGGACGGCUAAGAAGGGGUCAAAGGGGGAUUAUAUGAGAGAGAGAAACCUGAGUUCCUUGAAAAGGCAAGGGAGUGAGAAAGGGAAGGAAAUACUGGUAUAGGGAGUAAAAAGUUGAGGCUAGUAGUUUUUACGAGUCAUUUGUUGGCCAUGGAUUCGACGUGCUCUUCUGAGAGCAUUUAUAACCUCAUACCCAGUGACCUGAAGGAGCCUCCCCAGCCUCCUAGGUACAUGUCAAUUUUUAAAGCAGCUGUAAAAGAUGACAUGCAAAAAUUUAAAACGGCAAUGAAAACUAUGGGACCAGCAAAAGUUGCAAUGCCUUCUCCAAAGGAUUUCCUAAAGAAACAUUCAAAGGAAAAAGUUCUACCACCUAAAAAAAAGUUUGAUCGGAAUGAGCCCAAAAAGCCUGCUGUGCCGUUGAGGACUGAGCAUCCUGUCAUGGGAAUACAGAGCGGAAAAAAUUUUAUAAAUACAAAUGCAGCCGAUGUCAUCAUGGGAGUAUCUAAAAAGCCUAAACCAAUUUAUGUGGACAAGAGAACUGGAGACAAGCAUGAUCUUGAGACUUCAGGACUAGUUCCAAAGUACAUCAAUAAAAAGGGGCUAAAAAAGAACUGGGAAGAGGUACAUAAAGAGUUCCAGUCCCUUUCCGUCUUUAUAGAUUCCAUACCAAAAAAGAUUCGCAAGCAGAAGCUGGAGGAAGAAAUGAAACAACUGGAACAUGACAUUGGUGUAAUUGAAAAACACAAAAUUAUUUAUAUUGCCAAUAAAAAAUAGUGGAUUUUUAAAGUAUAGUAAUUUUAAUGUAGGUAAAAACAUGGAAAAUAUAAAAAUAAAACUAUAAGUUUUUCAAAGAGGAAAAUACUAUGAAGAGAGAAUAAAAAUAGUCUUGAAAUGCUUAGGCAACGUUUAAAGAAUAAUUGAAUUAUUCACUAUACAAGAACAAAUUUUAUUUUUACUAGUGUCAUGUAUUACACAAAUAAACCAUUAAACUUUAAGUCUGUGUGUU